AGCAGCUGAGAUCUGCAGCAGAUGUCCCAGAGUAACAUGCUCAGUGAGGACUGCGGCCACCACCAGGACAGGGAUCUCAACAGUGUGGAAGGACGGAGACACUUGUGAGGAAUAUUGGUGUUUUGACGAUGAACAGCUGCCAAGUGUGGGAUUUGAAGAUGUGGGUGCUGAUGGGAGCGCUCUGCCUCUGCCACAGUGUGUGUGGACAGCUGCUGGAAGCCAGGCUCAAAGGGGCUCAACGACUGAUCUGCAGUGUCCCCGGCUCGCAGGGCCCGCCUGGCAAACCCGGCCCCAGCGGCCCUCCGGGAGCGGACGGGAAUGUGGGUAUCCCGGGAAGAGAUGGCAGAGAUGGCAGGAAGGGUGAAAAGGGAGAAAAGGGAGACACAGGAUUGAAGGGGAGGGUGGGACCAACAGGUAAGAUUGGAGAACGAGGCGAACGAGGCCCAGCUGGGAAACGAGGCCCUGUAGGAGAGGAUGGAGAUUUGGGCCCACCUGGUCAACCAGGCCGCAACGGAGACAAAGGGGACAAGGGCAAACAAGGGCCUCGUGGAACUGCAGGAACCUGUAAAUGUGGCAGCCUGCUGCCCAAAUCAGCCUUUUCUGUGGGGAUCACCAGUAGCUAUCCGGUGGAGAAAAUCCCUAUCAAGUUCAACAAGGUCCUGUUCAAUGAAGGAGGGCACUACAACCCACAGACGGGAAAGUUCAUCUGUGCAUAUCCAGGCAUUUACUACUUCUCCUAUGAUAUUACGCUGGCCAACAAACACUUGGCCAUUGGACUGGUGCAGAAUGGACAGUAUCGCAUCAAAACCUUUGAUGCCAACACAGGAAACCAUGACGUAGCCUCUGGGUCUACUGUCAUGUACCUAAACCCAGAAGAUGAGGUGUGGAUGGAGAUCUUCUACCACGACCAGAAUGGUUUAUUUGCUGACCCGGGCUGGGCUGACAGCCUGUUCUCUGGCUUCCUUCUCUACGCAGACACAAACUACUUUGAUGCACUGGCAGAAGACUAUUCAUAAACUAUAAAAACCAAAAAACUGCUAGUCACAACAACUGGUUUGAUACUUUUAUUACAAAUAUAGUGUGUACUAUAUUUUUUAUACAAAUGUUUGUAUUGUUGGUUAUAUAUGUAUAGCGAGUGUUGACAAGUGAAAUUUAUACUAUACUACCCACAUCAAUAAACAUUGUUGAUG